GCUAUCGUUUCUAUCGUUUUUUUACACCACGACGCCGGCCUACCUUCAGUAUUUUGCUGACAACUAUCCUAAAAAGUGCUUCUGUUUAUUGGCGGCUUGCCGUGUCGCCGCGUCUAUUUGUAAAUAGUGCCUCGUGAAGAGAGUAGGAGGCACAUUACUACUAGUAGUAGUAGUACUAUAACAACUCCCACUGCUUGCACAUAAUGGAGCCCCUCUCUCUCUCUCUCCCUCCCUCUCGCUCGCCUCGCUCUCCCUUUCUUCCAUGGGGGGCUCACUAAUAAUAAGUGCAAGACGGCGCACUGUUCUCCCCCAAUGGCAGCUUUAAGUGAAAAGGCGUGCCUGCACCCCCCUCCUCCGGCUCCCCUCCUCUCCCAAACUACUCGAUGUAUAGUUAAAAAAUGGGAGGGCACAUUCGAAGCGAGCUGCUUCUAUGAAGGUAGGCUGCAGCGUGUGUUUAUUGAUGAGAUGAAAAGAAGAUGGAAGUGAGAAAUGAAACAAAGUGAAAGCGACACUUUGACAUAUUCCAGCUUCAGACCUUUUUUUCGUCUUGGGUAGGGGGGGGAGAUCUACGACACUUUUUUUUCUCCCAAAGCCAAGCUUCGAAGUGGAGGACCGUCCAUUUUUUUGGGGCUUUAAGCUGGCGUGGAAAACUCUUCACACAUCUGUUGCAGCAUGUCGGAGAGCAACACAUGAUUUGGGAAGAGAGGACUGACAGCCUUGCCUAGCGCCCGGCCUCCGUUGAGCCAUCUCCUGACGCUUGACCCGCACUUUAUCACCAGCCACACUAGCAUCUCGGAAACACAGCGUCACCUAACUGUCACAUCAGUUGCAAGGGGAUGACCGAGCGCAUUCAUAACAUCAAUCUCCACAACUUCAGCAAUUCUGUACUUGAGACCCUCAAUGAGCAGCGCAACCGUGGGCACUUCUGUGAUGUGACCGUCCGGAUCCAUGGAAGUAUGCUGCGAGCUCACCGCUGCGUGCUGGCCGCUGGAAGCCCCUUCUUUCAGGACAAGCUGCUUUUGGGCUACAGCGACAUUGAGAUCCCCUCUGUGGUCUCGGUGCAAUCCAUCCAAAAGUUGAUUGACUUUAUGUACAGCGGGAUUCUGCGAGUGUCUCAGUCGGAGGCCCUGCAGAUAUUAACUGCUGCCAGCAUCUUGCAGAUCAAGACCGUCAUCGAUGAGUGUACCCGAAUCGUGUCGCAGAAUGUGGGCCUGGCCGGCCCAGGAGCCUUCUCUGUUAUACCGGGAGACUCUGGUCAGGACACCCCUCGGGGCACGCCGGAGUCUGGCACCUCCGGGCCCAGCAGCGAUGCCGAGUCGGGCUGUAUGCAAGGCACAACGCAGCAGAACAUGGAUCGGCCGUACACGUCUCUCUACCCCUACACCGGCAUCUCCAAUGGUACCCGCGACCGCCCCCAUUACGUCAACCCCAUGGCGACAAAUUACGACCCCAGUGCCGGCGCUCAGAAGGACCAGCAGUCGGAGGAUCCCCCCUGGAUGAACCGUAUCCAGGAUAGAACCCAGCCGGUGGACCGCUUCAUCUCCACGGCCGAGUCCACCACUCACUGUCGCAAGCAACCCCGCCCGGUGCGCCUGCAAACAGGUGGGAUGCACAUCAAGCAGGAGGCCGACGACGAGUACAGCUGCUACAACACGGGCGACUGCCAGGAUGAGACCGAGCACGCUGAGAGCGAGUCCAAAGUGGAGAGUUUCGACUCAGGGGUCAGCUCCUCCAUCAGUACCGAGCCAGAUGCCAUGGAGCAGCAGCCCUACCUGAGUGGCUUUAACCGGGAGGGGCCGGGCGAAGGCCACCAAGGGAAUUUGGGUCCGGUGCAUAUCGAGGUCAACGACUCGUCCCCGGAGCAAGCGCAAGAGCCCGACGAGGGCCACGGCGGCCACAGCACUAGUGAGAGUAGCAUGAUGCACCCACUGCCCAAUCCCAUCAUGUCCCACUCCCUGUCCAGCACGCCGCAUUACCUGCGGCCGGUCGAGACGCACACCAGCAAUCUGAGGAUGCCGCACGCCAUGACCAGCAAUUCCCAAUUGAUCGGCGGCGUCGGGAGCACCUUCUUGCCCACACUCUUCCCCCCGCAGCCGGCCAGAGACAACAAGUCUUUCCUUUACCUUUCCGGCCAACAGCAGGCCCAGUUUGUAACGGUGCCCACCGCCAUGUCAUCGUUCCCCAAUGCCAUGGCUGUUCCGCCGGGGUCCGCCCAGUCGCAGCAGUCCGCCGGAGCAAUGAGUCAGGGGGAGAAGAAGCCCUAUGCAUGCACUCUCUGCUGUAAAACCUUUACUGCAAAACAGAACUACGUCAAACACAUGUUUGUGCAUACCGGAGAGAAGCCUCACCAGUGCAGCAUCUGCUGGCGCUCGUUCUCCCUGAAGGAUUACUUAAUCAAACACAUGGUGACGCACACGGGGGUGCGGGCAUACCAGUGCAGCAUCUGCAACAAGCGUUUCACCCAGAAGAGCUCCCUCAACGUCCACAUGCGGCUGCACCGUGGCGAGAAGUCCUACGAGUGCCCUAUCUGCAAGAAGAAGUUCUCCCACAAAACCCUGCUGGAGCGUCACAUGGCCCUGCACAGCACGGGCAGCGCCAUCACGGGGCUGGCCGACGCCAUCACCGGGCUGGCCGGCGUCACCUGCCCCCCUUGCCCGGUCUCCAUUCCCAUCACUCUACCCAUGACCGUCCCUGAGCCCGGUGCCGGGGUGGUGGCCCUCGCCAUGCCCGUGAGCGGCGGUGCGGGAGAUGGGUCCGUGGUGGGGCCCGGAGUGGGCGCGGCCGCAGAGGCUAGCUGCCAAGAAGGGACCACCUACAUGUGUUCCGUCUGCCCCGUCAAGUUCGAGCAAAUGGAGCACUUCAACGACCACAUGCGAAUGCAUGUCUCUGACGGAUAAGUACAACUAGACACACUUCUCCAAAAGAAUGACAAACAAGAUGGCACUAGAUUUUCCUUUUCUUAUUUUGAGGUAUGAAGAGUAAUGAGUAUAGACACUGGCACAUUAAGUUUCCCAAAAAAAAAAAAAUUCUUUUUUGUUAUUUUAAAUAAACAAAAAGAUGGUGGCCUUAAGGCUUAGUAGUUUGAUAUUGAUCUACUGGAUGGAUCCUAACUACAGGCCUCUAAAUGUAUGAUUUCCUAAAAA